CUAGAUGUUAUUUCUUCUGAACAUUUUUGUUUCCUCUGAAAUUAAUUUUGUUUUCUCUGAAAUUUCAUUUCCUCAGAUAAUUUCACUUCCUCUGAGAAUUUAGCUUUCUUUGAUAAUGUCGCUACCUCGGAUAAUUUUACUUCUUUUGAUACUUUCGCACUUUCGCUUCCUAUGAUAUUUUUACUCAUCUCUCUCUCUCUCUCUCUCUUAUAUCUCUUUCUACUCUCUCCCAUUUUAAUUAAUUUAUUUACUAUUUAGAAGGAAAACAAGGAAAGUUGUGCAAAAACAAAAGAAGAAUGUCAUUUUCAAUUUCAAGGUUAAGGCAUUCUCUCUCUCUUCCCACUCCCAAUUUGUUUCUUCCAAUUUCUAAUUUCAUUAUUCCUUUGUUAUACUCUCAAAUUCAUUCUCCAUUAGAUCACAAUGUUGUUCUUGAUGAUGUUGUUUUCUCAUUCAAUCGCAUGCUCAAUAUCAACCCUACUCCACCAAUCUUCGAAUUCGGUAAAAUUUUGACUUCCCUUGUUAAGAUUAAUCAUUUCCACACUGCUAUUUCAUUUUCUCAACAAAUGGAAGUCAGAGGAAUUCAACCUAACAUUGUUACUUUGAAUAUCUUGAUUAAUUGUUUCUGCCACCUCAGUCAACUCAAUUUUGCAUUUUCUGUAUUGGGAAAAAUUAUCAAACUUGGUUAUCAGCCUGAUACCACAACGAUUAAUACACUUAUCAAAGGUCUUUGUCUUAAUGGUAAUGUUAUGAAAGCAUUGCACUUUCAUGAUGAUGUUAUAGCUAAGGGAUUUCACCUUGAUCAAGUUAGUUACGCCACCUUGAUCAACGGAUUAUGUAAAAUAGGUGAAACAAGAGCUGCCAUACUAAUGCUCAGAAAGAUUGAAGGGUUAUUGGUUAGGCCUAGUGUGGUAAUGUACAGUACAAUCAUCGAUAGUCUAUGCAAAGAUAAGCUUAUUAAUGAUGCCUAUGAUUUAUAUUCUGAAAUGUCUGUUAAGAAAAUUUUUCCCAAUGUUGUCACUUACAGUACUUUAAUAUAUGGAUUUUGCAUUGUGGGUCGAUUGAAAGAAGCAAUUAGUUUGUUAAAUGAAAUGAAGUUGAAAAACAUCAACCCAAAUGUUUAUACUUUUAAUAUAUUGGUCGAUGGUUUUUGUAAGGAAGGAGAGGUUAAACAGGCUAAAAGUGUGUUAGGUAUGAUGAUAAAAGAAGAUAUGAAACCCGAUGUUGUUACUUAUAGUUCUUUAAUGGAUGGUUAUUUCUUACUUGAUGAUGUAAACAAGGCCAAAUAUGUAUUCGACACCAUGGUCCGAAAGGGAGUGACUCCUAAUGUUCAUAGCUACUCUAUUAUAAUUAAUGGAUUAUGUAAGAAUAACAUGGUGGAUGAAGCCAUGGAUCUUUUUAAAAUAAUACGUUUCAAAAAUAUGGGGCCUAAUACUAUAACAUACAGUUCCCUCAUUGAUGGACUUUGCAAAUCAGGGAGAAUCUCUGAAGUUUGGGAUCUUUUAGAUGAGAUGCAUGAUAGAGGUCAACCUGCUGGCCUGUUCACUUACAAUUCCAUAUUAGAUGCUUUGUGCAAAAACAAUCAUGUUGACAAGGCAAUUGCAUUAUUGACGAAAAUCAAAGACCAGGGAAUUCAGCUAAAUAUGUAUACGUACACAAUACUUGUUGGUGGACUAAUCAAAUGUGGAAGACUUAAAGAUGCACAAAAGGUUUAUGAAGAUCUUCUGAUGAAAGGCUAUCGUUUGGAUGUUAGGAUGUAUACUUUUAUGAUUGAUGGGCUUUGUAAAGAGAACUUACUUGAUGAAGCAUUAUCCUUGCUAUCAAAAAUGGAAGACAAUGGUUGCAUUCCUAAUGUUGUAACAUACAAAAUUAUCAUUCGUUGUUUGUUUGAAAACAACCAGAAUGAUAAGGCAGUAAAACUUCUUCAAGAAAUGGUUGUUAGAGGUCUAAUGUAAAAGCAAAACUUGAUGAGAUGCUUUCUAGUUACAAUUUGUUAUUUGAAUUUGAAUUUGAUCAUCUAAUUUUUAUUUUCUUUUCAUAGUUAAAUUAGAGGAUUAGUGGAUUUGGUUCACUGUUACAGUGUUAUGUUUGUUUUGAUUACAAGUUAAACAUUGCUAGUUUCAUUGUGAUAUUUGUAACAACAAUAGUAUCUGACUUUUUUUAUUCCUGAAUAACUAUCCCUUUUUCUUCCAAAUUUGUCUUGAAUCUGCUGGAUGCUUCUUGGUUCAAUGGCAGAAGCAACCAGCACAUGAAGCCUCUUGGAAGAUAUCUUUUAGUUUACAUGCAAGACUGUGGUUGGGGGAGGCAUUGUUAGGAAUCGUGGGAGGAGGAUAUUAAAUGUGUACACUGGGAGAAAGGGGAAGAUAUUAAAUCAGAGUUACUACUGUAAGGAAAGGUCUAGUUGAGAUAUAAAUAGAAGCGCUCUAAAAAGAGGUGUAUGUUUUGAUUCAUUGCAAUGAAACUGAUUUUUCAGUUGUACAAGGGAGAUAUUCCUUUGGCAGAGCUUGCUCUAAAUACCAUGAAUCAUUCACUCAGCUCAUUUCAACUUGAGUUUGAAAUUGAGAGUAUAAAAGUGACCAUAUAUAAUGUAAGAGAGCUGAUUUAUCAAGAGGUAUGAAUGACCAUAUAUUUCAAUGAAUUGUUGCAAUUUAUUGUCUUCUCCAUUCUAUCGAUAUCUCAAACUUAGUUAUUUUUAAUAUAUUUGGUGGUUCACUAUUAUGUUUGUUUUCAUUCGAAGUUAAACUUCGCUAGUUUCAUUAUGAUAUUUGUAACAACAAUAGUGGUUGACUUUUUUUACUGGAGCUAUUACUUGCAUACAACUGAAGAGGUUGGCCUAUCAUAAAGAAAACCAAACAUAUAUACAGUUCACUGGUUCCAUAUUUCUUUGUUAUGCUUGUGAUUUCAGCAACUUCUGAUCCUUUAUUUACAUGAUUUGUCAAAUUUAUAUCGCGAACCAUCCACUCAACUCAUUUCAACUGGUGUUUGAAAUUGAGAGAAGAAAUUUGACCAAAGAUGAUGUCAGAGAGCUGGUAGAGAUUUCAGAGUAUCAUCCCUUGAUGCUACAAGAAUAUUCUCAUAGUGGAGAUUAAGCAAGCUUCAUGUAUCCGAGUGGGGUUGAUCAGUGAUAUGGUACAAGCAGCAGUUUAUACUUCUUGAGGAGCAUUAUAGAAAAGGUGAAGGAAGCACUCCGUUGUUGAGACAGCAUGCCUCCUUACAUUAUCAGAAGCUUUUCUGCUAAGCACUAGUGAUUCUCAGAGCAGGGGACAUGGCUUGAAGAUAUAGAUUUGCAUAUGGAAAGAAACAUCUUAUUGUCACUAUAUAGUGUUAUUGAUGAUGGAGACCUCAAAGGAAGGUUUAGAUAUUUUGUUUUGAAUCAUGAAACCGCCAUUUUUUUUUUCUUUCUAUUUUAUGGCUUAGAGGAAGGAUUGUAUUAGAUUGAUAAAUAACAUGUGUUGUUGGAUUUUGGUGUGAAAUGAUAAUUAUCAGCCUUAGGUUUUCCCUUGA